AUGAAUUUCAACAGUACAGCGCAGCCUCCCGUUCGGGAUGAGUACCCGCGGCGUGCGGACUUGCGUCGCAUGAUGAACCAACACCCUCUCCCGACUCUGCCCCUUGGCUUGAUCGAUGCUUCGUCAAUGGUUGGUGACGAAGCAACAACCCAAGCCCAUGGUGUGUUACAAGUUUUCAAUAAUGCAUUGGCCAAUGGCGAUGUAAACGCCCUGGAAAGUUGUUUCUAUGCAGACCAAGCAUACUGGAAGGAUCAAUUGGCUCUGACAUGGCAUCUGCGCACAAUCAGCACCCCUCGUACCAUCGCUUCAAGUUUGUUGGAGACAGCAAACCUGAGGAACGUUGCCGGUGGUGUUGAGAUUGACGGAGCUGCCGUAUUUCUUCCGGCUACACCCGUUCUGACACAAUCGCCCUCUGGUCUCUGCCGGGGUAAGAUGAUGCUACUGCCUGUUGUAACCGAUGGUCAAAGGAUCGCCUGGAAGAUCUGGAUAUUGAGCACUAUACUCGAGAGCUUGGACGUACAACCAGAGGAUGAAAGCCUACUACAGAUCCCCAAAAGGAAAUUGGAUGCACUACCAAAUUUCGAAACAGAUGUCUUUAUCAUCGGUGCGGGAAAUGCCGCCGUUGCUCUCUCCGCACGUCUGAAGGCUCUGGGUGUUGACAGCGUUAUGGUCGACCGCAACCCCUGUCCUGGUGACAAUUGGGCACUACGCUAUGACUGCAUGCAGUUUCACAUUCCCACAGCAUUCUGUGAACUUCCUUACAUGUGCUAUGACAAAGAGCUUCAGAGCCCUCACCUCCUUACGCGCCAGGACCUGGCCUCGCAGGUCCGCCGAUAUGUCGAGUCAUUUAACCUGAAUACUAUCCAUUCCGCCAAGGUUCUGUCGACAGAGUAUGAUGAGAUGGCCAGGCAGUGGCAUGUUACUUUCCAGUCACCAGACGGCCAGCGCAAGGCUACGUCAAAGCAUCUUAUUAUGGCAACAGGCAUUGGGUCUCAAAAGCCUAACAUGCCACCGAUCGCGGAGCCUCAACUGUACAAGGGCAUCAGCGUUCACUCGGCCGAGUACAAGAAUGCGAAGCUACUUCGGGAACAAGGAGCAAAGUCUGUCAUGGUCAUUGGCUCUGCAAACACAGCAUUCGAUGUGCUGGUCGACUGCCACAAGGCCGGCCUCGAUGCGACCAUGGUCGUUAGAUCCCCAACUUACAUUGUGCCACUCGAGUAUGUCUGCGAUAAGAACAGUCUGGGUGCAUAUAACUAUGGUGUUGAUGCGGCUGAUAAGCUGUUCCUAUCACUGCCAACAGUGGUGGACGGACAGUUGGCCCGUGGGUUGUUCGCAAUGUUCGCCUCGAACGAGCCAGAGCGAUAUGCUGCACUUGAGGCAGCUGGCUUCCCUGUCCUUGACAGCCGGAACCCCGAUUGUGCAUUAAUGCAUAACCUCCUCGAGCGUGCGGGUGGACAUUAUGUCGAUGUCGGUGGUACGAAGCUGAUCGAGGAGAGGAAGGUCAAUGUAAAGGCGGGUGUAGAGCCCGUUGCCUACACGCGGACAGGCCUCCGGUUCUCGGAUGGCAGUUGUGUGGAUGCAGAUGUUAUCGUUUGGUGUACUGGUUUCUCCGAUUCCAACGUUGUAACAACGGCCACCGAGAUUCUUGGUGGAGAUUCGAGUAUGUAUGAGUCAGUGGAUGAAGCUGAACCUAACGGCAGCGCAAAACAAAUUCUCGGACCUCGAGACAUUGCUUCGCGCUUGGAUGCGACCUGGGGACUUGAUGAGGAGGGAGAAAUUCGUGGCAUGUGGAAGCGACAUUUGAAUAUUGAGAACAUCUGGAUCAUGGGAGGUUACACGCAGCAGCACCGGUGGUACUCGCGUACCCUCGCGCUCCAGAUCAAAGCAGCCUUGGAAGGAAUUCUUCCACCGGCUUAUCGGCACUCCCCUACAGCGGAAACUGCAAACGUGAAGGCCUCUCUUUGA